AUGCGGGAAGUCAACUUUAGCAUCCCCAAUGUGAACAAGGCCUCGGUCAACAUCACAACCACGCUCUACGACCGCCGUGCACUCGAUUGCACGUCAACUCUACCGCUUAUCAAUUCCCUCAACCACCUUGCCUACCUCACCACAUCUUCUGCCCGAAUUCGAGACAUUCUCACAGUCGACGGUGGCGUCGAGCGGCUGAUAUGCAUCCUCAAAGAGGGUCGGAGCAAGGACUUGAUGGAAAUGUGGAAAUGGAGCCUUGCCUUCCAAUGUGUUGUCAACAUUGGAGUAAGAGGCUCUGAGGGUGUCAGGACUCGUGUGGUGGAAGCCGACGUGGUUCCCGUCAUCGCUACGAUUUUGAGCAACUAUAUCAAGGUCGUGGACAAAGUUCGAUCACGCGACUCUCCUGAGUCCGACAAGUCCGACAAGUCCGAUAAGCAGUCGUCUACCAGGGAGACGAAGUCAAGCAGCAGUCAAGAACCCUCCGCUCGUUCCACUCCUAUGGACAUAGAAUCCCAGCCAGAGUCCCACACUCAAUCCGAAUCCCACCACCGCCGACAAGCCCCUCCGAGCAUCGAAAUUCCUCGACCUUUCCAUCAAGACAGCCAGCCAACGGAUUCCGACGCCAUGGAUAUCACUUCUCCGCCCCGUGCACCUAGAACAUCGCCCCCAGAACGCAGUACAUUUGCACAGGAAUCUCACAACCACCGAGCUAAUGACGGUCGGCUUCCACGUACAGGCCAUCGCCUUCGGCCAAUGCAACCCCUUGCCACAGCAGUUCCUUCUAUGGAAUCCACAGAUGGAUUUGGACUACGCCCAGUGCAUGACACUGAACGCCUUCCUAGCAUGCUUCCCGGUCUGCAGACUGGAAUCGUCUCACAGCCCGAUUCCCCGACAACACCAAGUGGUCCUCUGCACUCACAAUCCCGAAGCCUUCCCCAGGCGAUUGCUGCCAGACAACGCCCCGCGAUCCGUCAGCAGCAGUCAGGGUCUGGUGAGUCGGAUGAUGCCAAUGGUGAAGACUUGACUAUGGACGACAGCGCGAUGGGACAGCCCACUGAAACCAUUGUGGGACUCCCGAAUCGCAUGGAACUCGACAAUGUCGAGGGAGGGGAAAAUACGAUGCUGGAUAACGUCUCUCCCGCUCAUGGUCUGACCGUCACUGAUCCUUCUGAGGAAGAAGGUCCAGAAGUUGAGACUUUCAAUAUCACACAUCGCUCGACGGUCGACGGUAGCAUCAUCAACAACGGCAACACACAAAACACCGGUGGACUGGGUCUCUCCCCAACCCAGGCCACUAACAACCCUAAUUCUCCCACCCUCGCCCCCACCCCUUACGCCUUGUAUCUCCGUGAUCGCAGUGCUCCCGCCGCUCAGAGCGUUUUGACUGCCAUGCCCCGUGAUGAGGAUGUUCUCAUGUCUCUGCAGCUGCUUGCUUACAUCUCAAAGUAUUGCAAUUUGCGCUCAUUCUUCCAAUUCUCCCAUCUUGUGCCCAAGUUGAAGAUCGAUCGUGAGCUUCCUCUUCUUGACGAGAAUCCUGACGCUUGUUCGUCUGAUGAGAUGUGUGAAGAGGAAAACGAGUAUCUGCUGCCCGAUGAUGUCAACAUCUUCCCCCUGGUGGAGAAGUUCACCGUGAGACAUCACUCGAAGGACAUGCAGUACUGGGCGUGUGUGGUCAUGAGAAAUCUUUGCCGCAAAGAUGAGGCGAGAGGUGGGAUCCGUCAAUGUGCCUACUUCAAAUGUGGCAAGUGGGAGGUGUUCCAACGUCAAUUUGCCAAAUGUCGACGUUGCCGUCGCACCAAAUACUGCAGCAAAGAGUGCCAGAAAUCUGCUUGGGUGUAUCAUAGGCACUGGUGCCAUAUGACCCCAUGA